UAUAGUACACAAAUCAUGCUGUUUACGGCUGCUAACUGGAGUAUUGCUUUUUGAUAGAAACAUCGAAUGUUUAGACUGCUAUUCUAAAAAGCGACAUGGCAAAUGUCAGGACAUACGGUACAAGCGUGCGUGUUGGAAACUGGAGAGAAGAUGUUACCUUGGAGGAGCCGUGUGUAUGCCCCCAGGAUACCCUAAAAGACUUCCUUGAGAGAAAGGAAAAGGGUGAGCUCACUGUCCAGAAAACAGGCUACCUCAAACAGAACAUACUCAGAGAGGUGAAUCUGUCUGUAAGCCGUGGCGGCAGUGUAUGUUUUGGAGAUGUUGUGAUGCUGGUGAAUGUUGGAGGGUCUAACAGAGACCACUGUGCAAUCAGCAUCAACGCAGACAUCACGAGUUUAGGGAAAGGGCCUAGCGCAGCCAUUCAAUCACCGUGCGGAGUCAGUGGAGGGAAAAGUCUGCAGCCCUGUACACGCAUUGCCUUCGUUAUACACAGUGUUGAUGGCAGUGCCGAGGGAGAGCCUCUGCAUUAUGAACAGAGUUUCACCUUGAGCACAACUACCGGCUUUGCUGGAGGGCUGUAUCUGACCAGUGACCACAAAACAUUCCAGAAGUGUGCAAAGAUGUCCCGCCUCCAGGAAGUGAAUCUAGAUCAGCAGGCUUCCUUCCUGGCUUGGUGGAAAAUUGUGCACUUUGACCCCCAGGAGAGGCUGGAGCAUGAGGGCCUACCUGUACCUGCAAACACUAAAGUUCUGAUAAGUCACUGUAAGACCAACCAUGCCCUCGCAGUCCUGGGGGAUCACAUUCUGUGGACUCCAUAUGGCCGGGAGUACGAGGUGGUUGCCCAGACCUUCCUGGAUUCCCACAAGGCCGAGCGAGAUGUGAACCACUGGCUGUUGGUGACCUCCGACCCUGCAGGAGAGGGUCUAACACUUCUGGAGCGGCCACAAACACAGACCCUUGCCACAGACCUGCAGCAAGCUGACACAGUUUCAUAAGCACUCCCAAAACUAGGUUUAAGUGUAGCACCUCAUACAGGUGUUAAAUUCAGUAUGCCUCACUUGCAUAUUGUAUGUGCUUUGUGUGUGUCUUUGUUCAAAGCCGACUGCGUUGAAAGUCCAUUAAAAGUAAUGUAUUGAAAUUCUACGAGUAGGUGUUCAUGUGCUGUGUGUGUCAGGAUGGACAAUGGGUGUGAUUUUAGACCUGUGUUCUACCUACUUCAUCCUCUCUGCAGCUGUGCCCAUCAUCUAGUAUUCAACACCCUGAUUGGCGGGGCACACUGACAUCAUCUAACAGUCCUUUGUCUUCUGCAGUCUGGUGAAACACAGUAAGAGAAGGGGUGGGGCAUAGGGAGGGAGAGAGAUUCAAGAGAAAUUAGACAUAGAUAUCCUAAAUAGAAAGAAAAACAGACAUGGUAAAGAAGCAAUGAAAGGUGAAAGUAAAUUAAUGGAAGUUCCUGAUGCCUACAUUU